GCCUCGCCCAUAAGUAUGGCGACGCAGACAGCUGCAGCACGUACUCGUCGGCUUCACCCCGAGAUGAAGCCUUCCGUAACCCUUCUUCUGCUUCUUCUUCUUCUUCCCCUCCUGGCUGCCCAAGAUUUCGACUUCUUCUACUUUGUUCAACAGUGGCCGGGCUCGUACUGCGACACCAAGCAAAGCUGCUGCUACCCUUCCACCGGGAAACCAGCGGCCGACUUCGGCAUCCACGGGCUGUGGCCCAACUACAACGAUGGCUCGUACCCGUCGAAUUGCGACCCUAAGAGGCCUUACAAUGCGUCCGAGAUCAACGAUCUAAUGGGGAGAAUGCGAUCGAGCUGGCCAACCCUAGCUUGCCCCAGCGGCGACGGCUCCCGUUUCUGGAGCCACGAGUGGGAGAAGCACGGCACCUGCUCGGCGUCCGUCCUCGACCAGCACUCCUACUUCCAAACGGCUCUCGACCUCAAGAAGCGAGUCAACCUCCUCAAGCUUCUGCAAGACGCAGGUGUUCGACCAGACGGCGGCUUUUACGGCCUGGGGGACAUAUCUAGCGCCAUCGGAGAUGCCAUCGGCUACGCUCCCGGAAUCGAGUGCAACGCCGAUGAAUUCGGGAACAGGCAACUGUAUCAGAUCUACGUGUGUGUGGAUACUUCGGGGAAGGAGCUCAUCCGGUGUCCUGUCUACCCUACGACUAAGUGCUCUUCCCGAAUCGAGUUCCCUCCGUUUUGAGAGGUCAACUUAUAUGUAUCUAAUAAUAAAUAUUAUUUCGGCACAAAGCUACUUCAAGAAUCCCAUAAACAUAUGCCAAAAUAAAUAGA